ACAAACCUGAAGGUUCCAACGAAAAGAGGACAUUCAAUCGUUAUAUAAAAGCUGCCAAUGACAGAUAUAAAACGGUCGAAUGGAAUUUAAAAUAUGCAGAAGCUGAUGAUAAACAAUUGGCAGCUGAAGGGGAAUUAAAAUUUGACGAAGAGGUUUUUGACAACUGCUAUCGAAGUGAUGAGGUGAUGGUAGUGAUGGAAGCACCAUUGGAUGAAUGUGAUAGUAACGAUGCAGAUAAUAUAAAUGGUAAAAUCAAGAAGUGCGAAAGGGGUGUUAAUGAAAAGCAAGAGGAUACAAACAGAAAGGUGAUUGCAAAUAAAAAGGGAAAUAAAGGGGCGUAUGGAGUGAAAAACAAAAAUGUUGAAAACAUACUCAUCUAUGAUAAUGAAACAGCCCAGAAUGUCAAACCUAAUUUAGUAUUUAUUGAACAUGAAGUUCUUGGUUACGCUGGUGAGGCUUUUGACACCAUAGAGGACUUCA